AUGUAAUUAAACAUUUUAGAUCAUUAAUCAACCAGAGUUUGUGGUUUUUCUAUUGUUUUGGCUAUUGGAAUAUAUGGAUCAUUAUAAAGUGGCAUUAUCGAAGUUUAAAUUCCAUUUUAUAUUAUAAUGGCAAUCAUCAAUUUUCUAUUUUUGGCCAAGCUAAUCUUAUAAAUAAUUAAGGCUUAUUUUUAAUAGUUUGAACUUAUAAUUGAUAUCAUCAGAGAUCUUAUUAGAACUAAAAUCCCAUCAUUACAAUAAUAUCCAUUCUUUUAAAAAUUAUUAAAAAACCAAUAAUAAACGAGAUUAAGAGCUUAAAAGAAUUUUAGAAAAAUCAAAGUCUCUGUCAUAUUAAUGUCAAGAUAAAUUCUUCAAAAUAAAAAAGUCAACAAUAAUAACAAUACUUAAGAAAGAAAAGGAACAUUUAUAUUUUAGACUAAUCUUACCCAUUCUUUAGAUAAAGUAUUAUUUUCAGAAUAAUCAUCUAAUAGACUAAACAAGAAUAUUGCAGAAAAAUAAAAAUUGAUAGAAUGA